GAGGUAGUAGAGAUAGGACACCGGAGACAGUCAGAGCUGCUUAUUCCUGCGUUAAUUGAACUGGCACAGAUAUAUGAAGACCUGCAUCUUUACAAUAGAUCCCUUCUUUUGGUGCGCCGUUGCCUCGGUAUUUUGUCUGUUGUGUAUGACUACGACCAUCCGUGGAUUAUACAAUUGCGGCGCCGUGGGGACUACCUCAUGGAAUGUAUGGAGGAAAAGACAAUGGACUAUAUGGCGACAAAGAUUCAGGCGACCUGGAAGAUGUACAAGGCGAUGUGUGUACUAGAAGAAGCUCUUGGACGACCAGUCACACGGCAUGUGUGGAUUCCGGCAGUGUACCACAGUCAGACGAAUGAUACGGAUUUUUUGAAGGACUUUGUGAAUGAUCUGCCAGAAGGCACAGUGUUGUAUGGCACAGGCGAUUUUAAUGAAAUAUUUGGCUCGGGUGACGUGGUCGUUGAGAAUGGAGCGGCAGACGGCACACGCAAUACAAACGACGCGCACCAGCCAUUGGACGUUAUUGGAGGGGUGGGCCGUGAUUUGUUGCCGUCUACUAAUUUAGAACGAGUACCAUCUUCAUUUCGCCGCAAAACGCGAGCGAUGAACGAGGUCACAAGGCGUUCUGCUUCUAUUGAGGAAACAUCCUUCGCUGCGGAGUAUCCGCCGGUACAAAAGGAGAUUCAGGAGUCUGUAGGCAAUACGUUUGUUCCAAAUGGGCGGGUCGUCGGCACAACGCAGGACACGCAAACAGAUACACACGUACAGCAGACUGCCUACGGUGGGGUCUUGACAAUUCGCACGACGACGAUAACCCGCACCACAACGGAACAAGAGGUUGACAGCGAUGAGGAAGACUCGAUUGAUGAGGAAGAAGCAUACAACACCGAACGGGAAUAA